CGGUCAUGAAGAACAUCAUCGUCAACUUUUUGCCGUCUACGCUCGUUUCUCAGAUUCUAGAAAUUUGAGGGCAUCGAUCCAGGCUGACCAUCGGGCAAGAUGAACUGAUACCGAUUACUGAAAGCCAACAGGGUCUGCCACAAUUAACGCCACGAUCAAAAAAGAAAAAACUGAUGCUGGCAUUCAUCGCCACUGCUCCAAAAUUCGUUCAUGCAGUCACUCAAUAUUCAAUUAUCAUAGAUAUUAUUUUCUUCUGUGCUUGGCGAAAUUAUCUCCGCCUUCGGUACCGGAGCAAAAUUACAUACGAGAGGGAUGUAUAAAACAGACGGAAUGUCGAGGGAUUUAUCCUCAACAAAGCACUGCUCUCUAAGUUCAACAUGUUCUCUCGUAUCAUCGCUCUCGCUGUUUUGGCUCUGCCUCUCUUCGUUGUCGCAGCUCCUGCGACGACCACGACCGUCACCGGCGGAUCGUGCAACACUGGCUCCCUCCAGUGCUGCAAGUCCGUUCAGGACCCUAAGUCUUCUGCUGUUCAGCAGGCCCUUGGUCUCUUGAACAUCCCCAUCGGAGACGUUACUGCCGGAGUUGGUCUCACUUGCGACCCCAUCACCGUCAUCGGUCUUGGAACCACCCAGUGUGCCAACCAGCCCGUUUGCUGCGAGAAGAACAACUUCAAUGGUCUCGUUGCUCUCGGCUGCACCCCCAUCAAUGUUGGAUUGUAA